UUACAGGGUUGAAAAUAUUAUAGAUCACUCCAACUAUACAGAAAACGGACCGUCAAGCGGACCGUGUGUGCGCUACAUCAUCAGAUGACUUUGGUUCUCCAGUACGGCGACCGAACUUCUGCGAAACCGAUAUCACUUAUUCCCCCCGGAGCCCAUCAUCGCGAACUCUAUAAAUCUUGGUUCUCAUGAUCCUUCUCUCCCCUGGUUUCUUGUCUAACGAAAGUAUCCAUGGCUAAAGCGGCCCCGACAAACAAACGGACUGUUUUACUCGCCGUUUUCGUUGCAUUUGGAGGCUUUCUAUUUGGAUACGAUAUUGGGGUCAUCUCAGGAUGUCUAAUCAUGCCUGAUUUUAUACGUCGAUUUGGUUAUCCCGAUACCGCAAACCCUGGAAAAUACAUUUUAGACAGUGAUCGGCAGUCCAUUAUCACAUCCCUCCUGUCGGCGGGAACAUUUGUCGGUGCCUUAGCACAGGCUUUGACAUCUGAUAGAUUCGGCCGUCGCGGCUCAAUACUCAUCUGGGCUGCUAUUUUCACUGCUGGGACCGCCGUACAAACCGGGACGACAACCUCUAUCGCCCAAAUUUCGGUUGGCCGCUUUAUUGCAGGUCUUGGUGUCGGAGCUAUGUCAGCUAUUGUGCCACUGUAUAACGGAGAGACAGCUCCCAAAGCAUUGCGAGGUAUGUUACUGGUGUUAUAUCAACUUCAAAUCAUCAUUGGUAUAUUCAUCAGCUACAUCAUCGACCUUGGCACACAUACGAUUCCUGGAUCUGCAUCUUGGCGCAUCCCGGUCGGUCUGCAAAUGCUUUGGGGACUGAUUAUUCUAUCCGGGAUCUUCUUCCUUCCAGAGUCACCUCGGCAUCUUUUGGGCACAGAACGCACUGAGGAAGCUCGAAGAGUCAUUGCUGAGCUAAACGGUGUUCCCAUAGACGAUCCUCUUGCCGAAGAGACUGUUGAAGAACUGAUGUUCAGUAUCAGAGCCGAGAACGAGAACGGAAAGGCGACAUGGCUUGAAUGUUUCUCAACGAGAAACGCUCUUUGGAAACGUACCAUGAACGGCAUGAUGUUGCAAUUUAUUCAACAGCUCAAUGGGCAGAACUUUUACUAUUACUACGGAGAUACAUUUUUCCAGAGUGCUGGGACUCUGCUUUCCCCUUAUGUUAUUCAAACUAUACUGGGAGCGGUAUCAGUUGCAGGUACUAUUCCCGCACUGUAUCUAAUUGAGGCAUGGGGCCGCCGCCGUUCACUCCUUGUUGGUUCCGUCUUGGAAGCCAUUUGCUCUCUCAUCGCAGGACUUGUCGGCCACUUCACUCUCGCGCCGUCAGGGACCCCAACGAGCCAGCUGACCCAGCGGAAUAAACAAGGAGGCGAUACGCUGAUCGCAUUCGCAAUUCUACAUGUUUUCUCCUUCUCCGUCUUCUGGGGACCAGUUCCAUGGGUAUACCUUGGCGAAUCGUUCCCUCUUCGGGUUCGCCCCAAAGCCAUAGCACUUGGAAGUGCCACGAAUUGGUUGUGGAAUUUCAUGCUCUCAUUCUUCUCGCCACGGAUUGCAAACGACAUUGGCCCUCUUAUCCUGAUGAUAUUCUUUGGGAUGCUGGUCUUUGGAUAUGCCUAUGUAUAUUUAUUCAUCCCAGAAACCAAGGGUCUCAGUCUGGAGGAGGUUGAUGAAAUGUACCGCUCUGGUGUUAAGCCAUGGAACAGUGUAUCUUGGAAGCCUCAUUUGCUUGACCACAUACAUGACCAGAAUGCAGAAAGAAUUUCUGAGGUCAAGCUUGAUGAAAAGGAUUCGGCUUAAGAGACAUCGAUUGGUAUAUAAUUUGCAUAUGAAUGUCUUGAUAAAUGUAAACAUCGAUGCCUUGUCGCCUCUUUGGGACGCAAAAGUUU